AUGGCUCCUCAAAAUCUCAAUGUCCUUAUAACCACCUUUGGUGGUCUUGGGCUUCCAUCUACUCUGGUGGUUCCGGUCCCACCUUCGACAACAAUUACCGAACUCCGCGAGGAAAUCUAUGAGCGCCUCCCAACGACCGACUCCAGACUCAUCAUCACAACCAUCUCAAAUAGACAACUUCCAGAAGCCUCCCAGGCGCCCAUCUCUGCAUAUCUAUCCAGCAGCCAGGACGAGUUUCUGUCCUUGCGACUGGCUGUUCCGUUAUGCGGUGGCAAGGGUGGUUUCGGCUCUCAGCUACGUGCUGCCGGCGGGCGCAUGUCAUCUCGAAAGAAGAAGAACCAAGAGGACCACGGAUCCAGCCGCAACCUUGACGGCCGCAGACUUCGCACAGUAAAUGAAGCAAAGGCUCUCGCAGAAUACCUCGCCAUCAAACCUGAUAUGGAUCGCCAGGAAAAAGAGAAGCGAAAGGAGCGCUGGGAACAAAUCGUCCAGAUGUCUGAAGAGAAACAACAUCAAAUCAGAAAUGGCGGCCAAGGCCGACUCGAGGGAAAGUGGGUUGAAGACAAGGAGGAGAGCAGCGAGAAGACACGCGACGCAGUUCUUGCCGCCAUGAAGAGCGGUAGCUACAGAGACAACCUUCUCAGCACCUCGCAUGGCUCGGCGUCAAGUGAGCAACCGGAGGCGCUAUCAAACUCUGAAGACGACGCAAAGUCAAACUCAAAAGAGUCGUCUCCAUCCGACGAGACAGAUGAGCCAGCAAAGACGCCGGCUCGAACCUUCUUUGGUUUUGACGAGGACGAUGAAUUUAUGAGCUCAUCCGACGAGGAAGCUGGAAGCAAGGAAUAA